UGUCUUUCAUAGGCCUGUGUCCGGGGUUAUCUGGUGAGGAAGAGGUUCCAAAGCUUACAGGAGGAGUAUCAGAACAUGGUUAACGAGAUUGAAGGGGAUUUGGGUCAGUUGCAGUGGAAAGGGCGCUUUAUACCAACACCUGUUUUUCCUCAAAAGAAGCAGAUGAAAGUAAAGCGAUUAAUUGAUCAAGAACCUAGAUCCAAAGACCAGAAUAAUACAGCAAAAGGGCAGCAAAAGCUUUGUCCUCUUGAGACAAUAGAGCCAGAAAAGGACUGUAACAGUAGGAGUUACAUGAAACCUACAGCCCAGCUUCAAAGUGAGGAGAUGGUCGUAAGAGGUGAAGACAGCAGUGUGAAGCAAGGUCCAGAGUGUGAUGCAGAUAAAUCCACUGGACAGGACUGCAGCUUGUCCAGGGAGAAUACAGAAUGGAAGAACUAUAGCAAUGCAACAUCUGUAUGGAGCAGUACUGUUCUGGAGACAGGGUCUACUGCAGCCAGCCAGGAACUCCCAUUCAAGAGCAUACAGCAGGAGCUGCCUCAGACUCUUCCUGACCUCCAGUGUUAUCGAAAUCACUUAGCUAUGGAGCUGCUGUGGCUGCAACAAGCUAUCGUGAGCCGUAAAAAGUAUUUGAUCCUGAAACAAAGGCUGGGGACUCCCGAGUGAUAGGGAUCUGUUUCAAAGAGUCACGGGAUAUGCUCACCUCGGUAUGGAGGAGCAGUGUUCUCUGGGACCAGGUGGGCUGUGUCCCAUCCACAGCAGGUGGGGAAUCGCUGGCUUUAGCAACAUGAACUGCAGUUGCCCAGAAAAGCACCAACUCCGUUGUGGCACAGAAGUUCUCCAUGGUUAACUUGUGACUUCUCCUGGGAUUUUGUCACAUUUGUCAAUAUAAGUUAUGAAGACGUUUGCUUUUAAAC